UUUGUUCUCCUGCACUCUCGACACCAGUCGAGAACGGCGACGAAGCCAUGGUGCACGUCAGUUUCUACAGGAACUAUGGGAAGACUUUCAAGAAGCCUCGUCGUCCAUACGAAAAAGAGCGAUUAGAUGCUGAGUUGAAGCUCGUCGGAGAGUACGGUCUCCGAUGUAAGAGGGAGUUGUGGAGGGUUCAGUACGCACUUAGCCGCAUCCGUAACGCUGCUAGGGAGCUUCUCACUCUUGAUGAGAAGAAUCCACGCCGGAUCUUUGAGGGUGAAGCCCUUCUCCGGCGGAUGAACAGGUUCGGGCUUUUGGACGAGAGCCAGAACAAGCUCGAUUAUGUCUUGGCUCUUACUGUGGAGAACUUCCUUGAACGCCGUCUCCAGACCCUCGUGUUCAAGUCGGGUAUGGCGAAGUCCAUUCACCAUGCCAGAGUACUUAUCAGGCAGAGGCAUAUCAGAGUUGGGAGGCAGGUGGUUAACAUUGCAUCUUUCAUGGUGAGAAUGGACUCACAGAAGCAUAUUGAUUUCUCGCUCACUAGCCCACUUGGAGGUGGUCGCCCUGGACGAGUGAAGCGAAAGAAUCAGAAGGCUGCUGCAAAGAAGGCUGCUGGUGGGGAUGGAGAUGAAGAGGACGAGGAGUAAGGUGUCUCGUUUCCCCUCAACUUCUACGCGAAAAUGUUAGAGAUAUUGAAAUUUUGAGGUUCUGAAGUUAAGUUUUGGGUUUUUGUUACAUACUUUUGAUUGUUGCUAUGAAGAGUUUUGGGUCGUAUAUUUAAA